CCCGAGAGUGCUUUCUGAAGGUGGGGCGCAGGGCCUCCAUCCGUUUGACCGGGCUUAGAGGGGCUGCCAGGGGCUGUCCCCGCUCCUCGGGAGCUUGGGGUGGGCGUGGGAGGGCUGAGAGGAGGCCGGGGUUUUCUCAGCUGAAGGUAGGUGCCUAAUUAGCAUAGCCAGGGUCAGGCUGUGCUGCCUCGUCCCUCCCUUCGUCCUUUUGUUUAAAAUGAAAACUCUGAGGGUGGAAAGGGGCCCGAGGUUUCUCCCAGAGUAAAGGAGUCCCGGCCUCAGUAGGGGCAUCCCGCCAGCGCCAAGAUGUCCUCAGUGGGAAAGGUGACCCAGGUUCCCAACGGGAAAGUCUACCAGCAGAUCUUCAAGGCUGAGGUGCAGCUAGUCCGCUCCCUGGCAGCCACCAGGAAGCGGGCUGUGGAACAUUCUGUGACUGCGAAGAAUGGCAAGAAACCCUUGAUGAAGAAGGUGGAUACUCCUGAAGGGGAGCUGAUGGCUCCUCGGCAGCGGAAGUGGGUGCAUAGCCUACCCAAUGACUGGGUCACAGAAAACCCUGUUCUCUACAGGGAAAAGAAAAUAGCCAAGAAGGAAAAAGGUCAAGAGAGUGAGAGCACCAUUGCUGCCCGAGAAGUCCGGGGCCUCAUGGACACUGUGGCUCCGGAGAAGAUCAGCAGCAUCACCCUUCAAGCACAAGGGGACUACAAGAAGCGGAGCUAUGAGAGUGCUCUGGGGAGGUUUAAGGAGGAGAUCGCUCAGAUCGGGAUGGAAAUGGAACCUCUCAUCUUGGAGCCAGGAACACUGUUUAUAAAAAAGCUGGCUGAGUCUGAUCAAGACAUCAAUUCUCUCUUCCAAAAGGUGGAAAAUGACAACCUUGAAGACUACACCAUCCAAACCUUGCUGGAGCUGUGGGAUCAGGUGGCUGAGAAAUUCUUGCUCCAGAAGCAGGAGAUAAAGGAGCUGGAUGAGAAACUACAUUUGCUUGAGUUCUCCCGGACCGACAAACUGAGAAGUGUGUUGAAGAAAUACGUGAAAAUCAUAGAGAGAACUUCCUACCUCAUGCAGCCUGAUGUGUACAGGCUCAUAAAUAAAGAAGCCAUGGUUAUAAACCAUGCCCUACUGGGCAGCCGGAGGGCCAUCGCCCAACUGUUCGUCAACCUGAGGGAGGCCACACUGCAGCAGGAGCUUGAGAGCCACUACCGUUGGCAGUGCCUGGUCGGUGCCUGGAAGACUCUCAAGAAGCAGGCCCUGCUGCAGAGUUUCAGUGAAUUCAUGGCCAGUGAGAGGAUCCAGACUCCUCCAGCUGUGCAGAAGGAGCUGGAAAGCAUGCUGAAGAACCAGAAAGCCCUGCAGCAAAAGCGGCUGGAACAUCUCUGCGCCAUCUGUGACCUUCUGCCCCCCAGUUACAGCAAGACUCAGCUGACUGAAUGGCAGUCUUCUCUCAACUCCAUGAAUAAGCACCUUGAUGCGUACCAUGUGGAAUGCAUGCUGCGGAUCCGCUUGCAGUAUGAGAAGACCUGGCAGGAGUGCCUGGCCCAGGUGCAGAAGUACAAGAAGCAGCUGCUGGACUGGAAAGUCUUCACCAAGGAGGAGGCAGAGAGCCUGGUAAACCCGUCGUUCCUCCAGAUGGUGGAAGUGCUCCAGCGCAACGCAGAGGAGGAGCUGGAGUUACUGGACAAAUCCUUUGAGGCCCUGGCAAAGCAGACAGAAUGGCAGUGUACAGACCUUUUCAGCUACUUCCAGGAGGCCUUGCAGCUGUGGGAGACACAUCAGAACAUGCUGUCGGUACAGGACCUAGAACUCGAGAAGAGGAUGGAGCAGCAGUGGCAGAUGCACAGCCUGGAGGCCCAGGCCCAGGAAGCCCACCUUGAUAAGCUCUUGGACCAACUGAGGCAGCAAAACAAUGAGGAAACACUGAAGUUUCACCUGGAAAAGGCCAAAGACUUGCUGAAGAAUAUGAAAUGCAGGUAUGAGUGUUUUCACAAUCUCCUGAUGAAGGAAGUGAUGGAGUACCCAGUGAUCAUACUGAAGGAACUCAACUCCUACAGUUCCACCCUCAGCCAACACUUCUAUGUUCGUGAAAUCUUUGAACAGAGCUUGGAUGGAGAAGUCAUUUUCAAUUGCAGGGAUCCAGAGCCACAUGAAAAGCACUUCCAGGAGACAGUAAGAAAACUGAGCAGAAAACAAGAGGCUAAAGCGGAAGUGAGCAACAGUGAGGAAAGCAUAAGUACAGGAACAAGUUCCCCCAGGGCAGCAGGGGAGACCAAAGAAGAAAAAAGCCAAGAUAUCGAGUCCUCCACACCUGAAGACGUGGUAGUAAGCCAGCGGGAACCAGUUGUAUUGAGUGAUGAGAUAGACGAGUCCAGAGAGGGCUCCAUUCAGAGACUAGAAGAAACGCAGUUUGAAGGAGACAGCUCUUUAAAACCACCCCUGAACCAGGAAAAUGUGAUGGUUCAAGAAGAGGAGGAGGAGAAAGAGGAGAUGGAGAAGGAAGAGGUGAAGGGGGAAAAGGAGGAGGAGGAGGAAGAAGAGAAUGAAGAGGAAGAGGUGGAGGAAAAAGAAGAACACGAGAGUUUAUCUAUGGAUGAGGUCAAAGUCCAGAAAGAGAGUAUGAAGGAGGCCUCCCCUGAGGACUUGGAAUCAUUCACAACCUCCAGUGGGAACACUUAUUCUGUCUUCCUACCCUUGGAACAAGAAGAGAUUUGCAAGAGACUGCAUUCCAGACUUUCUGCCAUUCUCAUCAAUGACACUACCAGUGCCAAGUUCAUACAACAAGUGAUUAUUCCAUCCAAAUUAGUUGUAGAAAUUAAGAAACAAGUUCGAGCUGGCUUUUUUGAGCAUCUAGAGAAGUGGUUUGACCAGUGUGCUCUCAAUGCCCGGGUCAUCUUGGCCACCAAGAUUGAUGAGAUGGAUUCAGAACUGGAGCUGCGUCUGCACCUGCACCACCUGAGAGCUGAGCACAUUGAAAAGGACAUCCAUAAUGUCAGAGCAGCUGAGCUUCUGUUUCAUCAAAAGCGGCUGGAUAGCCACUGUGCUGGGGUUUCUGAGGCAUUGAGGAAGGAGAAGCUGAUGUUCUGCCAGUUCCAAGAGGAGCAAAACACAAGGAGCAAAAACUUCCACCAAAAGAUUCAUGACAUGGAGCACAUGUUGUUGAACGCCACCAGGAGCCAAAAGUUGGUCACUCUCAGCAGCACACUGCACCAGGAGCUGCUUAGCUACAUUGAUGUCACCCAGGUUUCCCUGCGCAGUUUUCGCCAAUAUUUGGAGGAGAGCCUGGGCAAGCUUCGCUACACCAAUAUUGAAUUUGUCAAGCACUGCAGAUUGUUUUCAGAGGGAGGCAACUUUUCUCCUGAAGAAAUUGACUCACUGUGUCACCAACUGAAGAAGGAAGCUGCCCGGAUAGAGUCUGUUGAGAGUUUAACAAUGAUUAACAUGGAGAAGAUGGAGCGUGAGUACCUGGACCAGGCCAAUGACAUUAUCAACAAAUUUGAAAGUAAAUUCCAUAACCUGUCUGUGGACCUUAUUUUCAUAGAGAAAAUCCAGCGGUUGCUGACACAUCUGCAAGUGAAAAUAAAGUCUGAGGUAGCCAAGUCCAAUUUGCAAACAGAUGGAUUAAAUUCUUCUCUGGAACAGCUUCAAAGCAAGGUAGAAAUGUGUCAAAACUCAAAGGGAGACAAAAAAACAGUGACCACAGAAGACCUCCUUGGCCUUGUCCAGACUGGGAAAGAAAAACUGAGACAGAGGAUUCAGUACCUCAGCUGCAGGCUGGACAUGGUGUCCGGGCCUCAAGCAGUCUUUACUGACAUUUUGAAUGAUGUGGAGGUGGAGAGUAACAUCCUGGAGUCUUCAGAAGCCCUUGAAGACGAAGCUAAAGUAGACCUGGUCACCCCUGAGUCCUUCAUCCAGCCUAGCCGCACGGGGAAGUCCAUGAUUGAAGACCCAGCUGUGGAGGUGGUCAAGAAGAUUCUGCAAUUUCCCAACUCAAAAUUCUCAACCCAGAAUCGUGACAAAGAUCGGUCCCAGACAGGUAGAGGCAUACAGGCCUGUGGGGCUCAGAGCAGGCGGGGGGAAGGAGGUGGUGCCACCUGUCCCCACUCACCUUGGAUCCUCUGCUCUCACCCUGGGUGCUCAGCAACCAAAGGCUUCAAGCGACAUCAGAAACAAGUGGAACACUCCAUGAAAAAGGCUUGGUCCAGUGCCAGUGCCACCUCGGCACGGAGCAUCACGUGGUACUCCAAGCCCAACCGAAUGGACAGAAAGUACCAGGUGCUCGGGGAAAGGCCACCUCCUCCUUCUGAGAAUUUUAAAGGCAUUAUCCGGACCCUCCUCUGGGAGAGCAAUGACCAUCUGCUGACUGUCGUGGAGGAGUUCUACCGCAAAGAGAAGCGCUCAGUCACCAGGCCUGACUGCAUGUAUGAAACCUUUGACCAGUGCGCGGAGAAUAUUGGCCAGAAGAUCCUGGAGUACCAGAGCCAGACAGAUGAGUACCACAACUCCUGCCUCAUAGAAUUACGGGCCCAAAUGAGGAGAUUUGAGGAGCUGCUGCCCCAGGUGUGCUGGCUGGUGAUGGAGAAUUUCAAGGAGCACCACUGGAAAAUACUUUGUGCCACUACUGAAGAGAUCCGGGGACAGUUCUGGGAUUGUCAGAAGGAGCUGGAGAAAAGGAAGGAUGAAAAUGCCCAGAAGCUCCGUCCAAAUCUCGGACAUCCUGCGCAUUUUCAAGAAAUGGAGUCUUUAUGUCAAGUGGAAGAGAAAAGGCAGGAAGAUCUGGACACCUUGAUUAAGGCGAUCAGGGAUAAACUAGAGGAUUUCAGCAGGAAAUCUGGCCAGUUUUUCAUAGCCAGCUUGGCCGCCUUCACUGAGAAGUUCCUGCUGCAGCUGGACGAAGUGGUCACCAUUGAUGAUGUCCAGAUCGCAAGGAUGGAGCCCCCCAAACACAAAACAUCAAUUCUCAUACGGAGGAAACUUGCCAGGCUUUCCCUGGAGGAAGAGAGUGAGAAGCCCCUGACUGAGCGGGGAAGCAGGAAGUGGCCAGGAAUCAAACCCACCAAAGUCACCAUCCAAAACAAGAUUCUUCUCCGGGAAACACCUUCAAUUACCACCACCAAGACCACCCUGGGCCACCUGGCAGCUGUGGAAGCCCGAGAUGCUGUCUACCUGAAAUAUUUAGCAUUAUUUGAAGAGGAGUUGAAGAAGAUCCAGGAUGACAACAUGUCACAGGUGAAGGAAGCUCAGUGCUGGAGAGACAGCUGGAGGAGCUCUGUGCAUGCCAUCCAGGGCCUCUACUUGUAAUACCCUCAACCUGCCCCAAAUAAAGGCUCAUUUUA